AUGGCCUUCACUGAGGACAGCCUCAAGGCAAAGCUCUCGUCGCUAAACGAGACGCAAGAGGCCAUCUCCACUGUCGGACAAUGGAUCCUCUUCCACAGGCGGCACGCCGAACGCAUCGCGCAGGUAUGGAUCCAGCGGAUGAGGGAGUCGACUCCCAGCAAGAAGCUGGUCUUGAUUUACCUCGCAAAUGAGAUCACACAAACCUCGAAGAUGCGCAAGAAGGAGGAAUUCCUCAGGGCUUUCGAACCGAUCCUGGCCGAUGCAACUCAGAUUGCCUACAAGGGCUCACCCGCCGACACACAGAACAAGAUCCGUAGAGUGGUCGAAGUUUGGAGACAGCGCAACAUCUUCAAUCCGGCGGUCCAGCAGGAAGUACGAGAAGAAGCUUAG